GGGGCCGCCGCCCGGAAUGAGCCGCGCCGGGGACGAUCCGGACUCGCCGCCUCAGGUACGCGCCUUGCAGGGUCCCUGACUGUGCCCGAGCAGCCACCCCUUCUGAAACUGAAACUCUAGCCUGGCUGGACUCUGCAAGCCUGCAUCCGCAAUGGGUAACGAGGAGCUGUGGGCCCCGCCAGCCGUGGAGAUGCCGAAAAGACGGGACGUCCUUGCAGUCGUGCUCAUCGUGCUGCCCUGGACGCUGCUGGUCACCGUGUGGCACCAGAGCACCAUCGCGCCGCUGCUGUCGGCACACAAGGGUGACGGCGCCGAGCGGCGGCCCGUCCCGCCGGGCGCGGACCCCAGGGAGUACUGCGCGUCCGACCGCGACAUCGUGGAGGUGGUGCGCACCGAGUACGUGUACACGCGGCCGCCGCCCUGGUCCGACACGCUGCCCACCAUCCACGUGGUGACGCCCACCUACAGCCGCCCGGUGCAGAAGGCCGAGCUCACGCGCCUGGCCAACACGCUGCUGCACGUGCCCAACCUGCACUGGCUGGUCGUGGAGGACGCGCCGCAGCGCACGCCGCUGGCCACGCGCCUGCUGCGCGACACCGGCCUCAACUACACGCACCUGCACGUGGAGACGCCGCGCAACUACAAGCUGCGGGGCGACGCCCGCGACCCGCGCAUCCCGCGGGGCACCGUGCAGCGCAACCUGGCCCUGCGCUGGCUGCGCGAGACCUUCCCCCGCAACGCCAGCCAGCCCGGCGUGGUCUGGACCGCGCCGCCCCCGGGGCGGGCGCUGACUGCGGCCGCCUUGCAGAUGCGCAGCACCAGGAGGGUGUCCGUGUGGCCCGUCGCCUUCGCCGGCGGCCUUCGGUACGAGGCCCCGCGGGUCAACGGGGCGGGGAAGGUGGUCGGCUGGAAGACGGUGUUUGACCCCCACCGGCCCUUCGCGAUCGACAUGGCCGGGUUCGCCGUGAACCUGCGGCUCAUCCUGCAGCGGAGCCAGGCCUACUUCAAGCUGCGCGGCGUGAAGGGCGGCUACCAGGAGAGCAGCCUCCUCCGCGAGCUCGUCACGCUCAACGACCUGGAGCCCAAGGCCGCCAACUGCACCAAGAUCCUGGUCUGGCACACACGGACAGAGAAGCCGGUGCUGGUGAAUGAGGGGAAGAAAGGCUUCACUGACCCCACCGUGGAGAUCUGAGCCCCAGGAUACAGGAGCCUCUUCUCACACCCUGUUCCUGGCCUUCUCCCCAUGGCUGAUGGUCCCUCCAAGGCAGACUCCAAAAGAAUGGCCAUCACCCUCCUUUUUAUUCUGAGGCUUCAGAGAGAGCCCAGCCUGAUGCCAGGACAAAAGACAGAGAACCUAAAGCACAGAAAUCCCAGACAUGGUCUCUUCCACCCAGCAAGGCCCGCUGCUGGCCAAGCCCCCAGCCAGCACACUGGUGCCCCCACGCCUCUUCAGAGCUUCCUGCACGACAGGCCUGCAGGCGCAGACAUGUGGGGCUCACCCAAGCCCCAGAGUGAUGCCAGACUGCAAGGGAGGUGAAAAGACUCAGCGGUCGAGGGGAGGGUGGCCCUCUCAGCUCCUGCUCCUGGGGUCCAGCACGGCCACACAGGCUAGCCAGCCAGAGAAUUCUGAAGACCGGACAGCAGGCCCUGCCGGGCAUCAGGAGCGCCUGUCCUUCCACAGAGGGUUGCUCCCAAGUACACGUCUGCCUCUGUGGCUUUCCUCUAGUUCCAGAGCGUAAGGCCGUCUUUGAUGCCAACAGGUGGCCAGCCCUGCAUGGGGGAAGCCGGGCCUGCCCACAUGCCCCUGUGCCUCAGGCUGUGGCAAAGAGCCCCUGCCUCCGGCCCAGGCCCCUCGAGCCUGCUCCUGGCAGCAGAGAAGCAGGUGGGCCCUCGAGCCAGCACAGGUCAUGUCUGAUCUGGACUAGACCACAUGAACCCCGAUCCCCACACUGCUACCCCACUGCCCACUGCGCUCCAGGGCCCCUUGCUGGGCCAGGAUGGGGAGGGCAGGAGCCCUCUUCCUGAAGCCCUUGAGAUCCAGACCUCAGUGGCUCAUGUGAGCCGGGCAGGAGAGGCGGAAAGAGGCCUGAGGCCCGGCAAUUCCACGACUCCUUCCUGCCCCUGGUUUGCAUGCAGGGGGACUGCGUUAGCAGAGGGAUUUGGACACUGGGGAAAGGAUACCUGAGCACACACGACUUUGGAAAUCCUUGUAUUUUAAACACAGAAUGGGAAAGAAAGUCUCACUUCUCCCUAGGUGGGGAGCAUGCAGAGCAGGCCGCCUCAGGUCCAGCGGAGCCCUUUCCUCCCCAAAGAGCAGCGCGUCCCUGGGGCCUCCCUCCACCAGGAGUGUGCGGGGUUCUGCCGGGCACUGGGAAGUCUCUGGCUUUCUGACUAGGGCCAGCGCCCUCUGCUGGUUAUCUCGCUCAUGCUCCUGGACGUUGGAAGCACAAUUGUCCUCCAAGUGGAGGGAAAGGAAAGGAUUGAGCCUACUGAAGAGGUGUUUAUUUUUUAACUGCUAACAGCACCCACUUCAUUUAAACUCACAGGACCAGUCUGAGGACCACUGAGAACCCACUCCUGGGUGGGUGGGGGGAUAAGACUUAGUCCCGCAACCUAAACAUUCAAAAAAUAGCACUGGCUGCCUAUUUUGAAAUGGACUGAAUUUACCACAGUAGUCAUGAACCCAUCCAGUGGGACCGUAUCCCUGAGAUCCCUGAGCCACCUUGCGGAACACCCCCAACCUCUUACCUGUUCAAUGGUUGCUUUGGAAAUGAACCUCUCAGAAUCAAGUGGCAUGGCAUGGGGGAGAGGGAGAGGCGGGCACAGGGAGCCAUCCAAUGAGUGCAUCAGGCCCAGGCCUUCCACUGCCUCCCACUAAACCAGCCCUGAGUGCUCAGGUGAGCUUGGCUGGCCUUGGGCCACCUUCUCAGCCAAAAACAAAAACAACACAACCCAGGGCUCAUUUUCAGGAAAUUGACAAUAAACAAAAUGAGGUAUUUUCUCUUUCUCCCUCUAUUAUUAUUUUUUGGCAGAUUCUAGGUGUUUUCAACCCAUGUCCUCUUCAGCUGCAUGUGGAUAUAUUUAUAAUUGUAAUCCUGGCGGCCUGCAGCUUUCUUCUUUGUUGGGAAUGAGUUUGUUAAAAAUCAGAAUGCGGUCCAUGACUACAAUUUGUUUUCCAAACUCAGCCUGUUCUCUGCUCCCCGCCAGAGGCGUGAAGCUGGGGCUGGGAAUCGAACAGAGCCGGGGGAGGGUGGAGCCCGUGCAACUGCGCCAUCUGGUCUGUUUAAUUUAACUGUAUUUAAUUUGUUUUCAAAAUUAAAAGUCAAAUAUGGUUUUUAA